AUGGGCACCUCUUCGGCGGCCGCGACGCUGCUUCAACGCCAAUUGAAACAAAUGCAGUCCGACAAAGACAUCCCUGGGAUCAGUUGUGGCCUCGCUGACGACAACAUCUUCGAGUGGGAAGUCAUGCUCAUGAUUAAUGACGACUGCAAAUACUACGGAGGCGGUUUCUUUCGCGCCAGAAUGUCCUUCCCUCAGGAUUACCCGUUGAUGCCUCCGAAGCUGAAGUUCGAGACACCCAUCUUCCACCCCAAUAUAUACCCCUCCGGAGAAGUGUGCAUAUCGAUCCUACACCCCCCCGAAGAAGAUAAAUAUGGAUACGAGUCUGUUGCUGAGAGAUGGUCACCUGUACAAUCGCCAGAAACCAUCUUGAUAUCGGUCAUCAGUAUGCUGAGCAGUCCCAACGACGAAAGCCCGGCGAAUGUGGAUGCAGCCAAGAUGUGGCGAGAGGAUCCCAAAGGCUUCAGGAGAAAAUGCCAAAGAAUCGUCCGGGAAUCCCUUGGGGAAGAGUGA